CCGGGGGUCUGCCUCCGCCAUCAUGAACAAGGAAGCACUGUUGUCGAUUGCCGAGCGCGAUUUUAUUCUCAAUGCGCUGCGCGAGGAUGUGCGCCUGGACGGCCGGGGGCUGGACCAGCUGCGUCCGCUGAAGGUUUCGUUUGGAGAGGAGUAUGGGCAUGUGAAGGUGCAAUUGGGGAAAACUACUUUGAUUAUUCGCAUCUCGUCCGAAGUCACGAAACCUCGCGAUGACCGUCCGUUCGAUGGCGUUUUUACAAUUGCGCUGGAACUCUCGGCAAUGGGCUCUCCGGCGUGGGAUAAUGGGCGUCAAGGAGACCUCGAGACAUACGUGACCAACGUCGUUGACCGUGUAGUACGACACUCGAAUGCGCUCGACACCGAAUCGCUGUGUAUCCUCAAAGGCGUGAGCUGCUGGAGUAUCCGAGCCGAUGUUCACGUGGUCGACUACGAUGGUAACUUGAUUGACGCCGCCUGCAUCGGUGUCAUGGCUGGUCUGCAGCACUUCCGUCGUCCGGACGCCGUCGUUAAAGACGGUCAGGUUGUCGUCUACGGUAUCGACGAACGACUCCCAGUUGCCCUCAACAUCACACACAAGCCGCUCUCUGUCACCUUCCACACAUUCGAUGAAGGCAAGCGGGUGAUUCUCGAUGCGACACGGAAGGAAGAACAGGCGUCGGAGGCAGACGUGGUGAUUGGUAUGAAUAGCGCAGGAGAUGUUUGCUACGUCUCAAAGUUCUCAGGAGCACCGGUUGAUGCGAUUGUGUUCGUGGCCAAGUCGACUGUCGCGCUGGAGAAGGUGAAGGAGAUUAAUGGCAUUAUCGACAAGGCGUUACAGGCGGAUUUGGCGAAACGGACAGAUACUGGAAUGGUUGAAGCAUCACGAGCGGAGAAUGACCGGUGAUGGAGCCGGAUAUGAGACGAAUCAAAAGUCGCUAUACAAAUGUAUGAUAUGCCACGAUAAUGUUUCUAUGUAGAACACUUUCAUCCUUCGAUAUCUAUGGUCUUUCCGGGUCAUUUCUCCGUAAUGCGUUGUAGGUUCGCACCGCCAUAGCUUGCAUGCAGAUUCGUAUGAAAAACCCCAAUACAAUUGAGUAUAGACAAUUUUACCUGCUGAAUCCAAAUAUCUCUAUUCCAUUCUCUCAAAUUUUCACUUAUAAAUACUGUGGCUCUUCUAUUUUCG